CGUGGCCUGUCAGGUGAUCUAUAAAACACGUGACCCGUCAAAAUCGUGGCCUGUCAGGUGACCUAUAAAACACGUGACCCGUCAAAAUCGUGGCCUGUCAGGUGACCUAUAAAACACGUGACCCGUCAAAAUCGUGGCCUGUCAGGUGACCUAUAAAACACGUGACCCGUCAAAAUCGUGGCCUGUCAGGUGACCUAUAAAACACGUGACCCGUCAAAAUCGUGGCCUGUCAGGUGACCUUUAAAACAAGUGACCCCUCAAAAUCGUGGCCUGUCAGGUGACCUAUAAAACACGUGACCCGUCAAAAUCGUGGCCUGUCAGGUGACCUAUAAAACACGUGACCUGUCAAAAUCGUGGCCUGUCAGGUGACCUAUAAAACACGUGACCCGUCAAAAUCGUGGCCUGUCAGGUGACCUUUAAAACAAGUGACCCCUCAAAAUCGUGGCCUGUCAGGUGACCUAUAAAACACGUGACCCGUCAAAAUCGUGGCCCCACAGGUGACCUAUAAAAGCGUCCUGUGAACAAAAGUCCUGUCCAAGGGACCUGUCAAAAAAGUGGCCUGUCACACUCUACCACGGUUACCUCGCAGGCUGCUAUGGUUACCGCUUCUCGUUGCCAUGGUUACCACCACACGCUACCACGGUUACCUCCCAGGCUGCUAUGGUUACCGCUUCUCGUUGCCAUGGUUACCACCACACGCUACCACGGUUACCUCACAGGCUGCUGUGGUUACCGUUUCUCGUUGCCAUGGUUACCGCCACACGCUACCACGGUUGCCUCACAGGCUGCUGUGGUUACCGCUUCUCGUUGCCAAGGUUACCGCCACACUCUACCACGAUUGCCUCACAGGCUGCUGUGGUUACCGCUUCUCGUUGCCAUGGUUACCCCCACACGUUACCUCACAGGCUACCAUGGUUACCGCUUCUCGUUGCUAUGGUUACCGCCACACGCUUCCACGGUUACCUGGCAGGCUGCCAUGUUUGUUGAACUUCUUUCGCGCCGUACGUAGACACCCGUGCUAAUCGUAGAUGCCAUGGUUACCCCCAAACUCCCAUUGGUCUCCAUGGUUACGGCUACUCGUUGCCAAGGAAACCGCCGCGUUGCCAUUGUUACCGGAGCCGCGUUUCCAACGCCCGCGGGAAUCGGCGCGAAAGGCUUUGAUAAAGUUAUACAAACGUUCAAUUAACUUUAUAUUUUAGUUUUUUUUAUAUAUAAUACGCAACUUUUAACGAGCACGAUGGCAUCAACACCGCGCACGGAGUGUUUAUUUUUUUAUUUGUACACAAGCCGGCAGCUUCAACGGGGAAAUUACAUUUUUAAAAUGUAGUAAAAAAAUAAAAUAAUAUUUUAUUGCCGUGACAGUGUGGCCGGCGGCGUUGGGGUUACCAUGGCGACGCGUUGCUCUAAUAAAGUUGUUGUGGAAGCCGCAGGGCGUGGAGAGUGGAGCCGGCGGCGAGGAUGAGCGGAGACCGCUGGGCUCGGCUCUCGGAGGACAACUUGGAGCUGCGUGCCGAGCUGAGCAGCGUGCAGAGAGAGAAGGAUGGCCUGGCCGCCCAGCUGGGUGAGUGUAGGAGCGAGGUGGAGGCGUUGAGGCUCCGUGUGCGGUCUCUGGAGCGGGACGCCACUAGCAAGUCCCAGGCGGUGCGGGGCGAGGAGGAGAGGCGGCGACGACUGACGGAGCGCAGCCUGGCGCUGCGGACGCGCGCACUCACGGACGCGCUGCACCUGGCCGUGAGCCAGCUGUCCGAGUGCCGCUUUACCGUGCAGCGUCAGCAGCAGGAUCUGGCUCGCCUCAAGCUGCGGCUCGCUCUGCACACCAAGGCGCCGUUCCAGGAUGCCCCGGCGCCAGACUUGGACGGGGGCCGUGGCAAGCAGCAACGUCUGGGGUGGCAGGGCCGCCUCGGAGAGAAGCCGGCGCUGUGGUCGCCUCCCCGUGCCGGCGCCAGCUCCCCGCGCAGCUUCGCGUCGCCGGCGCACGCGGACGCACGGACCGCACCGCCCCACGCAGGUGGGCCCUCGCCGCCGCCGCCGCUGCUGCCGGCGGCCACGGAACCCCGGUUCAUGUCACCGACCAGGGACACCGGCGAUGAUGCUGGCGGCGUUGAUGAUGACCACGAUGGCAGCGAUGGUGAAUAUCGUGACGACGACGAUGAUGACGACGCUGGCAAUGCCGGCGACGACGAUAAUGAUGAUGAUGAUGCUGGUCGCGACGGCGAUGAAGAUCGUGGUGACGACGACGAUGAUGACGGCGAUGGUGACGAUGAUGAAGAUUGUGAGAACGAUGGCGACAACGGUGGCGAUGCUGGCGAUGACGAUGAUCGUGAUGACGGUGGGCAUGAUGGUGGCGAUGAAGAUGGCGAUGGCGGCGGCGGCGACGCAGACAGCGAGCGAGAGGAGGAGCAGUGUGGAGGAGCGACGCUGCACCUGGCCGUGACGGGGGAGGCGCUGAGCACCCUGCAGAGGAAGAUCGACUCCCUGCAGGCCCUGGUGGAGGAGCUUCAGAGCUCAAACCAAGCCCUGGCCCACACGGUGCGGUGGGCCCAGCCGCGUCCGGCCCCGGCUGUUGCCUGGAGGAGCUGAAGGCCCCAGACGGAGCGUGGAGGAGCUGAAGGCCCCAGUCGGAGCGUGGAGGAGCUGAAGGCCCCAGGCGGAGCGUGGAGGAGCUGAAGGCCCCAGACGGAGCGUGGAGGAGCUGAAGGCCCCAGGCGGAGCGUGGAGGAGAUGAAGGCCCCAGGCGGAGCGUGGAGGAGCUGAAGGCCCCAGGCGGAGCGUGGAGGAGCUGAAGGCCCCAGGCGGAGCGUGGAGGAGCUGAAGGCCCCAGGCGGAGCGUGGAGGAGCUGAAGGCCCCAGGCGGAGCGUGGAGGAGCUGAAGGCCCCAGACGGAGCGUGGAGAAGCUGAAGGCCCCAGACGGAGCGUGGAGGAGCUGAAGGCCCCAGGCGGAGCACCAGGGCCGCACGGUGUCUGGGGCUCGGAUCGGGGCCACUAUGUGGCAGGCGACAUCACCGCGGCGCUCGUGCCAGGCUAGGUGCACUUUUGAGACCGUCACGUGAAGUUUGGAAGGCUCUCCCACCCGCUGGCGGGAGGUCACGGGACAGAGCCCGGUGUUGUUGGUUCACUGCUGUGCCAGGCUAGGUGCAGGAGGAGGUCACGGGGACAGACCCAGCAGGUGCCAUGGGAUGCACCGUCUAAACUAUUUUAUUUUACCAGGUAAGGCCUCACUGAGCUACGUAUCUCGUUUUCAAAAGGGACCUGGCCAUCACAGAUGAUGGCUCAACAAAGUGGCUGAUGUCGUCGUCGUCAUCAUCAUCGUCAUCGUGUGGAGAUGCACAGCGGUCAAAUGCUCUAAACGCGUGGCGAUGUUGAUUCUAA